AUGCCGAUGGUCCUGGAAGAGCGCGACCUGUGGGAGGUCCCAUCUGUAGAAGUCAAGCUGGAGCACUGCAUCAACGUGAUGGAUCAAUCGACGUUCAAGAGUAAGUCACGCAAGGCGCUGGCGAUCAUCUGUCUCGCGAUAGAAGAUUCGCAGCUGCCGCUGGUCCGUUCAGCGAUUGUAGCAUACGAAGCAUGGUCAAGACUGGAAGGGCAUUACGAGAAGAAUAGUCUGGCGAACAAGCUCUUUCUUCGUCGACGCUUCUUCACAACGAUGAUGGAUGAAGGUGUUGCUGUGCUGGAGCACAUCAACAAGCUCAAGACUCUGGCGGAGCAGCUCGAUGCGGUUGGCGCUCCGGUCAGCGAGGACGACUUGGUGAUCACGCUUCUUGGUAGUCUAAGCGAUUCGUACCAGUUUCUGAUCACGGCGUUAGAGUCUCGUGCUGAAUCUCUGUCGUGGGAACUCGUGACGUCUCGGCUAAUGCAUGAAGACAUGAAGCGCAAGGAACAAGGUGGCGGCGUCGACGGAUCCGCGCACGGUCAAGGUCAAGCGUUCAUGACAAGCAAUCACAGCAAGUGA